CAGACAGCUUGCGAUAUGAUGGGGUUGUGCCUCGGUGCUGUGUUAGGCUACAGGUUAUACUGUACGUCAAAUGAACUCUUCCUGUAGGGUAUCGUGCCUACCCCCACAACUGCUGUUGAUAGCCUACAGAUCUGCUGUUGGUAGCCUAUCUUUAGGCUUCGUUCGUUUCGGUUUUUAAAUGUUUCUAUUCCUGUCUAUGUUUUCUCGCUAAUAAAAAUGUGUAGGCCCUCAGUCUAGGUAAUUCGUUUGAACUGAGAAAGUGCUGGAGGAGAAUUCUAGGAUAACAUCAGCUGAACCGCACGGCAAAUUGAAAGAUUUGAUAAGGUUUUGCUCACACGCAUCCCUGGGCAGGUGGAGCUGCACGAGGGUUCUUAAUAAACACCCACACUGGUCUUCCCCCUCCAGUCAAACCUGCGCUUCUCACCACGCCACGCCACGGCUGUACCUGAGUGGCUCUGGGACUAUUUGGACUAUAACCCCCGUGGCCGGUCGCUGGGUUUUGGGGGAAGAUUUUUGUUGCCAUGGCGGUGGCGGACCUCGACAUGGACCCCGAGCUGAGGGACGAGGAGGGCGACGAGCUGUGGGAGCUGAUCAACGACAACCGGCACAGUGUGUCGCUACAGGUGCGGCCGUGCAUCGUCAUACCGUACCUGCGGCAGGCCCGCGUGCUCUCCGAGAUCGACGAGGACGAGAUCAUCAACUGCCACCAGCUCAAAAACUUCUCCAUGAAGACCAGCCACAUGCUGGACCUGCUGCGCUCGCGGGGCCGCAACGGGGCCGUGGCCCUGCUGGAGAGCCUGAUGAUCCACUACCCCACCGUCUACACACGCAUCACUGGACGCAAGCCCAGCACCGAGCCCUCGGGCUUCAGCGGUCUGAUCAAGUACUCGGAGCUGACGGAGUACCUGGUGCGCGCGGUCACCAGCAUGCAGAAGGAGCUGGCUGAGACGCGGCAGGAGGCGGACCAGCUGCGCGAGCGCUGCGCGGGCCUGGAGGCGGAGGCGGGCGGCGCGGCCGAGCACCACGAGGAGCUGCGGCGUCUGCGCGAGGAGAGCGGCCGCCUGCGCAGCCACAUGGCCAGCCUGCACCGCGACCUGCUCAAGGUCAAGGACGAGAAGUGCGAGCUGUACGGACGCUACGCCGCCGCCGUGGAGGAGAAGUCGGCCGUCGGCCUGCGCUGCCGGGACCUCAACCUGCAGAUCUAUCAGCUGCAGUGUGAGCUGCGUAAGGCCCAGACGGAGACAGACUUCCAGCGGCGGCGCUCGUUGCGUUGCGUCUCCCCCAGUGAGACUCAGCAGCUCAGGGAGGAGAUCUCCACGCUGCGCCGGAAGCUCAUGGAAGCCGAGACGUUUAGCCCGGCGCGGGAGGACAUCCUGGCCCAGGACCUGGUGGAGGCUCAGGACCGACGCUCGGAGCUGGCUGAGCAGCUGUACAGGCUGCGGGAGGACAACGAGAGGCUGGCCAGAGAGGCCGAGGAGAUGUUUGAGGAGAAGGAGGCCCUGACGCUGCAGGUGCAGAAGUUGGCGCUGGACUGUGAGAUGUACCAGCAGAAGAGCACCGUUUUCCAGAGUCAGUUGAGAGAGCUGCAGGCCGAGAGAGACAGAGCCUACCUGUCCAGGGAUGACGCCCAGGCCCAGAUAGCGCGUAGCCUGGCUGAGAAGGACGUGUUGCGCAGUCAGCUGGUGGAGCUGCAGGAGAAGGUGUUUAAUCUGAGAGCUCGUAGCACUGAGAGGGGACCAAGAGACAAGUCACGUACCAGGCAGUGGAGUUGGGAGAGCAGCUAUUGCGGCUCCAGCAGCGAGGGCGCCCCGCCCAGCCCUCAGCCUUGCUCCCGGCUGUGCCGCAUGAACGCCAUCGGGCCCGACCUGGAGGUCAGUGACGAAGGACUGAGCAGCAUCCGUUCUAGCCAUGUGGAGCCACCAGGCUCUGAUUCUCUCCGCAGACGCCAGUUUGACUUGAGCCUGGACAACAGCCUCGAGACAGACGACAGUCCUUUCUCCUUGGACACAGAGAGCGACUUUGUCAUUAUCAAUGACAGUAAGUCAGCAUCACUCCCCACCCUUCCACAGAAGAGCCGCAGCCUUGACACUGUGUCGCGGGCGUCUGCACCUCCCUUCCUGAUGCGUUCACGGCCGCAGGCGGUGCGCAUAACCGGGCGUCAGCUCACCCUCACCGUCCAGGACGGCGCGCUGCUCAGCCAGAUCCAGGUCGUCGGGGGCAACAAGACGGGCGUGUUCGUGCACCGGGUCACCGAGGGCUCGUCUGCUCACAUGUCCGGGGUCAGCCCCGGAGCCCAGAUCAUAGAGGUGAAGUACGAGGAGGAGAGGCAGGUGCUGCGGAUGGUGCUGGAGGACUCCACCCAGGAGGAGGCGCUGUGGGCUCUGAGGCAGGUUAAGGGGCCAUGCCAGCUCUCACUCAGGCCCAACCAGGACGUGUAUGAGAGCCUUCGGCAACAGCUGAAAAAGGGGGAGGUCACCUCGGGGGACUCUUUCUACGUUCGGGUCAACAUGUCCGUGCCGGCGGGCACAGCCGUCGGUGGCCUGUCCAUCAAGUGCAACGACAUCCUGCACGUCACCAACACCUGCCACAGCACCGAGGGCACCUGGUGGGCCAGCCUGGUGCACCCAUGCCAGCUGCAGGACCUGAAGAGUGGCAGCGUGCCCAACUACUACAGGGCUCAGCGUUUGCUGAUUCAUUCAAUAGAAGACAUGACCUUCCAGCAUCGAGCUCACAAAAAGGUGGAGCGUGUUCAGGGGAAGCAGAAGGCCGUGCGGAUUGUGAGCACCGGCCGGCAACCACGCAACCCACUCUGGGUCAGUGUGAAGAAGGACGGUGAUGGCAGCACACCGAGGAGCUGUGUCACCCUCAUGCCGUACACGCUGGUCACACCCCACUACCCGCCUGUCUGCCGCCCGGUCCUCCUCCUUCCCACAGUCCUUGGCCGGGUCCUCCACAAGAGGCUGGCAGAGAUGGAGGGCUACCAGCUCUGUGAACCUGAAACGCUGAGUGCGAGUGAGCAUGCGGUGCGGGUGCAGAAAGGGGAGGUUCUAGAGGAGUGUGGAGACCCCAGCACCCACCACUGCUACACCCUGCAGGGCGUGGAGAAGAUCAUGAAGAGGGGGACCCACUGCGUCCUGCCGCUGGGGCUGGACUGUGUGCGGCGUCUCCACAGGGCGGACAUCUUCCCCAUCAUCAUCUUCAUCGCCGCUACUAAGUGCAGCACUUCCCGACUCAAACAUCGUCUGCGGCACCACAGUGUGUCGGAGGCUCAGCUUCUGGACAGCUCGCGUGCCGAGGAGCCCCUGCUGGACAAGCUGCCGUGUCUGUACCGGAUGCUGCAGCCCGAGUGCUGGAGGGAGGAGGCCCUGCUGGACCUCAUCCAGGGCGCCGUGGUGGAGGAACAGCAGAAGGUCGUGUGGGUCGAGCCCGACCUCUGGUGACCUCUAGUGAUCCGGUCAGAAGCCAGGAGCUGAGAGGGCAUCCCAGAACAUCCACUGGUGCUGUUGACCUGUUACCUACAUAAGCUCACUGAGCCCCAUAACAACAACAACAUCAACAACAACAACAACAACAAAAGCAACAAUACUAAUAAUGUUGAUAAGAAGAAGAAGAAGAAGAAGAAGAAGAAGAAGAAGAAUACUUUUUAAUAUGUUAUUAACAUGUUUUGAAAAUAUUUUGUUUUUGUAGAUUUAACUAGUCAGGUAGCAUAAUAGCAUUUUUAGCAUUUAAUAGCAUGGGACACUACAGUCAAAAAGCAUGACAUUUUCAAAGCUAUAUCCUCGGGUCCUUAUGGGUUCUAAUUGGAAAAGGUGCCACUUCAGUGUGCCCAUAUAAGGCUAUAUUUUGUAACCCUCAAGUACAGUGGCACCUAUCUCAGUUUGAAUCUUCAGGAUCCAAUGAGGCACCGAAAAAUGAUGGUGUUUUUCUCCAGCAUGUCCCCAAAAACAUGCUAAGCUACCUGACCGAACAGACACAUGACAGUUUGCAUUAGGUCUGAGCACAGUGCUCGCACUAGUUCUUCUCAUUAUAAUGGGCUAUUAUAAUGACUAUUAUGAGAUGUGUUGCUCAGUACUGAGCUGUUACAAUUUUAUGCUAUAGCAUAAUCUACUCCUAAUUACUAUAGCCUAUUUCAUCUUACACAACCUUACCGUUAAAGGGCAUUGCCUUUCAGCUAAACCACUACACUUUUUGUAAUGUAGAUGAUGCUGCUUUUAUUUCACCAGAAACAGAUAGUCUGUUUUGGAAGAGGGAGAGAGUAUAGUUCUUCUCGACCACAGAUUGUAUAUGGUAUGUGUAUGUAUGGAUAUGUACUGUUUAUUGUAUGCCGUCUAUGGGCUGAGUGCUCUGGAGUCAUUCUCAGAGUGUGCUGAGGUUUUUGGCAUGACACAGGUGUCACUGACAGUCAUGCCUGGAAUGCAGACGUACUGGAGUGCGUGUCUGCGUUGUAUCUGAGGUAUCACUCUCUCUGAUCUCUCUCUCUCUCUCUCUCUCUCUCUCUUUCUCUGUUUUCACUACGUCAUCACUGUGUUUUCUCCAGCUGGUUUCGCUCCUGUUUAUAACCAGCUCUGGGACCAGAUUGUGAAGUAAAAAAUGUUGUCACUUUAAUGAUGAAUGUGUUGGUAUGACGCAUUUAAUGACAUUGGUUUUGUUGAAUUCAGUUGAGUUGGUUCUAACAAAUGCCUCGAAGGUGUAAAUUCACACAGUGCAAUUGUUUUACAUGUGGUGGUGAAUGGAAGAAACACAAGAUUUGACUGUGUUUAUUUUCCUCUGGUGAUAGACAGUAACAGAUGAAGCCCAUGGGCUGUGUAAAAUUGCUGUGCUAUGGUGGGUACCUGGUGCAGUGUGUACUGAUGUUAAGACUGAGUGUGUUGGUAAGGGAUAUGGAAGUGAUAUCUUUUGUAAACUUUUAUAUAUAACAUUUAAAUACUGGGCCUCUUGGACCAGAGUGCUGCCUGAAACAUGGUGCGGUCUCAUCUUGAGCAAUAAUUAAAUGGCUUAAUUUCUUUCAGCUAUUAAUUAUUGUCAAACAGUAUGGCAAUAUUAGACAUUUUAUGUGAGAAUUAUUUGUGUAUGUUUCCACAAUGUUUUAAGAUGUUUAUUUAAUGUUUUAUAUUUAGAAAACAUACAACGUAUAAGAUGUAUUUCUUUUCUACAAAAGUGUUUUCCUUUUUGCUUUUAAAAUAAACCAAACCUAAACUAUACCAUCAGAAUGUAGAUGGCAAAUUAAUACAAUAAUUUAAUCCUGUUAUGCAGGUUCUAACAAUAAAUAAAAGCACAGCUUUAU